UAUGUGUAUGUAGAGCAAAAUGUUGAUUCAGUGUAGCUUAUAUUGUGUUCGUAGCUGUGUGGAGGCUUUAUUUUGAAAUGUGCAGCUGGAUGUGUGUUUAUGAUAGCUAGCUUCACACUGAGGGGCUGUAGGAAACACACUGUAGACUGGAGAGCGACAGUAUCUGAACUGCUUUAAAGACGUCAAAGAACAUGGAGGGUUGUUCUAAGUAAGGAAUUACGCACUGGAUACUUUCUGCCUCUCACCACCUCUGGACCUGCGGACACUCCUUUAUUGCGUGCGCUGCAUGUGGACCAAGUGGAGCCGGGAUCCCAGCAGACAUCCCCUGGUGGUUUAUGUAUAGGACAUGGCAACUGCUCUCAGUGGCCGAAACCCUGGGGGGAGAGGACCGAACCGAAGCAAGGGCCGGAUUUUAGGAAUCAUUGAUGCUAUCCAGGAUGCAGUGGGGCCCCCGAAACAAGCAGCUGCUGACCGGCGGACUGUGGAGAAAACAUGGAAACUCAUGGAUAAAGUGGUCCGUCUCUGCCAGAAUCCCAGACUCCAGCUGAAAAACAGUCCACCGUACAUCCUGGAUAUAUUACCUGAUGCCUACCAGCACCUGCGGCUCACACUGGGAAAAUAUGAAGAGAACCAGAGACUCACACAGCUCAGUGAGAAUGAGUUCUUCAAAAUCUACAUUGAUAGCCUUAUGAGGAAAUCUAAACGGGCCAUCCGACUUUUUAAAGAGGGAAAGGAGAGGAUGUAUGAUGAUCAAUCACAGGAGAGGAGGAACCUGACAAAGCUGUCUCUGAUCUUCAGCCACAUGCUGGCGGAAAUAAAAGCCAUCUUCCCCGGAGGACAGUUCCAGGGCGAUACGUUUAGGAUCACCAAAGCUGAUGCUGCUGACUUCUGGAGGAAUUUCUUUGGGGAAAGGACAAUAGUGCCUUGGAAGGUCUUCCGUCAGUGCCUUCAUGAAGUACAUCCCAUCAGCUCGGGCCUGGAGGCCAUGGCCCUCAAAUCCACCAUCGACCUCACCUGCAACGACUACAUCUCUGUCUUUGAGUUUGACAUUUUCACACGUCUCUUCCAGCCAUGGGGAUCAAUUCUGAGGAACUGGAACUUCCUGGCAGUGACGCAUCCGGGCUACAUGGCUUUCCUUACCUAUGAUGAAGUCAAAGCCAGACUGCACAAGUACAUCAACAAGCCUGGCAGUUACAUCUUCAGACUGAGCUGCACUCGGCUGGGUCAGUGGGCCAUCGGCUACGUGACCAAUGAUGGCAACAUACUGCAGACCAUCCCCCACAACAAGCCGCUGUUCCAGGCUCUCAUCGAUGGCUACAGGGAGGGCUUCUACUUGUUCCCUGAUGGUCGCAGUUACAAUCCUGACCUUACUGGUUUAUGUGAGCCAACGCCUCAUGAUCACAUCAAAGUGACACAAGAGCAAUACGAGCUGUACUGUGAGAUGGGCUCCACCUUCCAGCUGUGUAAGAUCUGCGCUGAGAACGACAAAGACGUGAAGAUCGAGCCCUGCGGUCACCUCAUGUGUACUUCCUGUCUAACAGCUUGGCAGGAAUCCGAUGGUCAGGGCUGUCCGUUCUGCCGCUGUGAGAUCAAAGGCACUGAGCCCAUCAUUGUUGAUCCCUUUGACCCCCGAAAUGAGGGCAACAAGUGCUUCUUCCUGGACCAGCUCAGCUGCCCCAUGCUGGAGCUGGAUGAUGAUGAGGAUCGAGAGGACUGCCUGGUCAUGAAUGGACUGGCCAACAUCCGAAAGCACUGUGCAGAGCGGCAGAACUCGCCCAUGGUGUCUCCCAGCUCUUCCCCUCUCAGCCAACACAGGAAGGUCCACGGGGGAGACCCCCACAGCGUGCAGCAUCUCGGCCUCCCCCCUGUCCCUCCAAGACUCGACCUCAUCCAGAAGGGCGCCAUCCGCUCUCCAUCGGCCAGCCCCACCGGCUCCCCCAAGUCUUCACCAGGCAUGUCCAGGAAGCAGGACAAGCCCCUCCCAGCACCACCUCCUCCCCAGAGGGACCCACCUCCACCCCCUCCACCUGAGCGUCCUCCACCCAUCCCCCCAGAGUCGCGCCACUCCUGGGUUCCAAGUUCUUCUCCCUCAUCAUCUUCUACCGGCAUGCUGUCAGACUCCCAGCCCCCUCCUGAGACAGGGGGUCCCAUAGACAGUCACAGGGCAGGAUCAAAGCCCCCGCCCCAGCUCCGGCACACCGGCCCCUCUCACCUGAAUGGAAGACCACUCAGUUUUCCCUCUGCUGGAUUUGGGAGGUUCCAUUUCCGAAUGGAGGGGGCUGGAACCUCAGAGGGAUCAAAGCCCUUAUCUAAUGGUGUGCAGCUCAGCGAUGACUAUGACAUCCUGCCCUCACGGCAAUCACCAACUCACACCAAGCUGGCCAGCAGCCACAAACCCUCCAAUGCCUUCAGCAGCCUUGUGGCGGAGCGGCAGCAAGGGGGGGUGGAGAAAGCGGAGGACAACUAUCAAAUCCCUUCAUCCAACCUCUGUCUGAGCCAGAUCCCCAUCUGCAUCUCUGUCCCCAGCAGGCCCUUUGAGAACAGCUCUCCAGAGCCCAGUAUCAACGAGAAAAAGCUCCAGCCCCCGGAUCCUGGCGGACCCUCUGAGUUGGUCAGAGGGGGAGUCUCACGGGUGGCCCAUAGUGCCCUCUGUCCCUUCAUCACCAACAAGAUACCCUCCGACUAUGACAUCCUGCUGCCCCCACAGGCAUUAGAAGACCCCUUCAACAGCCGCCCUCCAUCCCAGCCCCCCCCUCCUCCACCAGCCCGACAUAGCAUCGCCGACCUCCCAUCCUCUACAUCCUCAUUCUACAACUCCUCCACCUCUGCAGUCGCACAGCCCCCCCGUCCAUCCUCUGGACAUGAUCACCUGCUGUUAACCCCCGACACAGUGUUGGACAUGCUGAGCAGUGCUGCUCCUCUGCCCCCCCUCAGACGACACACAGAUCAUGUGACGGGCUCCAGAGGCUGCCUGGAGUACGACCAUCUGCCCGGCUCUCAAGUACUACUGGACUGUUUGCAGGCUCCUGCCAGGCCCCCCAAGCCCCUGCCCAGGAAGAUCCCUCCAGAUAUUCACCCAGGCAAACCCCCCAGCUUAGAGUCAGAGAGCGUCGACGGCAAAAUUGCCAAGCUGAUGGGAGAGGGUUACUCCUUUGAGGACGUGAAGCGCGCUCUGACGAUCGCUCAGUACAAAGUGGACGUGGCCCGGAACAUCCUGAGAGAGUUCGCCUUAGUGCCCCCAAGACCGAACCUCUAGCCCCCAACAGCUGUGCCUGUGAACGGACAGACAGAAAUGGGCUUUUUUCAUUCUGCUCGGCCUGACACUGUUGGAACUACAACUCUCCACAGACACAGACUGAUGAGAGACAGGCCUGUUGUGGCCACACGGAGAGGACGAUUCAAAACCAAGUGGCUUAAACCAAAUACUAGUAGAACACUGAGAAUCAAAAAGGGAAAUUAGACCGUCUGUGAAGGCUUUAACCUGGGGAAGAAAAGGAAGCAGGCUGAUGCCAGGCUGGCUCUGGUUCAUUUGCUCCUGUUGGUCUCCAGGCUGGACUGUGUGCCUGUUUAAAGCCCUGAUCCUGGUCCUGCUGCUACAUUUCCUCUGACACCAUCCACCCUCUCCUUUUAGUUUGUGGGGCCUUUCAAAAGAACACCGCCGCUCUGUUUAGCACAGACUAUUUUAUUUACAACCAGUGGGGGAGCCAGAGUCCACAGUUUCUCUCUCUCUCUCUCUUGUUACGCUCCUCUCUUCAUGUCUUGUGUUCACCCCUAUUUUCUCUUGGUCUGGCUGACCUGUAGUUCUAAAAGCAGCCUUACUGGUUCCACAUAAAGUAGAUCUAGAGCAAACUGUACAACAAAAUGUUGAGCUCUUGUGUUAGUUAUUUGGACCAGAAGCAGGAGGAGAAGGUUGAAGGCUGUGCUCUUUAAUCCUGUUCUGGGACCAGCGGACCUUACUGACCGCAGCCUCUGAAUGUAUCUGCUGUCAGUGAGCUCCUCUCAGGCCCAGUGCCAGUGAUUAGAGGGUAGGAAAUGUUUAACGCUUGUCAUUUUAUUUUAAUUUCUCUGUGACAAAAGCAAGACUACUGGACCUAGAUUGCAGCUGAAGCAUUUAAAUGAGAGGACCUGAUGAGGAUCAGCUCAGAGAGGCAUUAGUCACACAUCGAAACCUGAACAGGGCAAACGUUCCCUGCAUGCUCCAGGAGUCUGAUGAAGUCCCUCGAUAGCUUCUGAUGUGGUGUUGAAGUGUGAACACAGUGUAGACGAAGAGAAUCCUGCAGCACAUUCAGACGGUAUGCAGCUUCCCUCUCUCCUCCCUGAUGACUGCAGUACGCCUCACUGAUGAUCUGUUGGAUUUCUUCACCUGCAAAAAAAGUAGAGCUGCUCUGUUUACCCAGCUAUUAAUUUCAGACCAAGAACAGAAUACUCUGUUUAUCAUUUGGAACUUUGUGUUAUUGUUUUGACCAUUGGUUAUGCUAACAUUCUACUCACAAAAUGAAUUGUUGACUUCUGGAAUGAGGAACACAUUGAUAUUGUUACAUGUAUGUUCAUGAGGAGUGUCAUAUCAAUGCUCCUGUUUUCUAGUGUGAUGUUUUUUAGAUGGUUUCCAGAUCUCUGCACUUUGCAGGGUAUGAUGUUAAAAUUGCGACUUGCAUAUUUAAAAUACAAUGACCGAUGAUCUAUUGGUAGUAUUUGCUUACACAAGAGCAGUCAACAGUGCUGACUCCCUCUCUGCACAGAUAGUUUACAGUAAAGCUAUUCUAACAACCCAAUGUGUUGUCAGGGAAACAUGGGGCCAACAGAAAUAGACAGCUUACUCACCAGAGGAGGAAGACAUACUGACAACAGUCAUCCUGACCAGUGUGGAUCAGAAUGUAGAAACUCUCCCACUGACAGGCAUGAUGCAUCAGGCUGGGCUGUGUCCUAGGGAGGAGGCCCAAUGAACACAGGGAUGAUUCCUAUGUAUUCGUUUUCAGCCCUCGUUCUUCUUCAGCUAUCUGUUGGUUAUCAAAUGAACUUGAGAUUCUGUUUUGUUAUUUCUCAAAGUGCCAACUGAUCUCAGUCUCCUGGGGUUGAGGCGCAGUGUCUCUGCUCAAAGAUUUCAAGGAGUAGGUCUCACUUCUUUUAUUUAUAAUUUCCUCGUUCCUCGGUCUCACUGGAAGUUGAUAUGUGUGCGUCAUCUUAAGGAGCGUCCCAUGGCGCUUAUUUGUGCCCGAGGAUCGAGGAGCGAUAAACGAGGAACCACCAGACCAUCCUCGGUUGAAAUCCUCAGCCACUCGCCCCGCCCCCUUACUGUGUAUUCGUCACCGAUUGGACGCUGAUCUGAUGCUUCUUAACCUGAGAGCAGUUUAACAGCGGAGUGAAGACAUUAAACUCAAGGGAAUCACUCUUCAUUUUAUACUGUGUUUUGCUUCAAUUAAUGUAUCUGAACAACAAUGAACAAAUCAGUUUAUUCAUUUAUUGGAAACAUUUUUCAUGAUCUCCAUUUCAUUUUUAUUAUGAACACAAUAAAAUUAAAAGAGACGGA